AUGUUUAAGCAUAGUACAUGUGUUCUCUCGAGAACAAUCUCAGCAAGCUCGCCUGCAUUAAUCUUGAGGGCGUUCACAACGAAGGUCGCAAAGAUCUAUACUUUUGAACAGGUCAAGAGCCUAGUUGAACAUCCCAAUGAUAAAAAACUAUUGGUCGAUGUGAGAGAACCUAAGGAAGUAAAAGAUUACAAAAUGCCAACGGCAAUAAACAUCCCAGUGAAUAGCGCUCCCGGUGCUCUUGGAUUGCCCGAGAAGGAGUUUCAUAAUGUUUUCCAGUUCGAUAAGCCUGCUCAGGAUAAGGAAUUAAUCUUUCUUUGUGCUAAAGGGGUAAGAGCUAAGACUGCCGAAGAGUUGGCUAGGUCUUAUGGUUAUGAAAAUACUGGCAUUUAUCCUGGUUCCAUUACUGAAUGGUUAGCUAAAGGCGGUGCUGAUGUCAAACCCCAAAAAUAA